UUUGUUUUCACUUUCCUCCUGUCUGGGGUCUUGGGAGGAAAAUUUGAACCCAACCUCAUCUCGGCCUCGAUCUCAAUCUCUCACACUCACGAGCAGAAGCAUUCACUAUUUCACCUCCAUUUUCAUCUUCGUCCUCCUGAUUCCCUCUCCUCCACUGCAAAUCCUGACCCUAACCCUAACUCUAACUGUAAUUCAAAAUUGCUCGCUUCAACUUCUCAAUGUUCUCUACCCAAUUUGUUCUCUCCUUCUCUCUCCUCCUUUCCCUGCCAAUCCUCUUCCUCCUCGGCCCCCGUAUCUUCUCUCCUCACUCUUCUCUCCCGCCGAUUCCUCUCCCCGACGAACUCGACGAUCUCUCGCUUUUCAAUCGCGCCGCCUCUUCCUCCUCUCUUUCUCGCUCCCAUUUGUCCUCUUCUAACCCUAAACUAAAGAUCGCUUUUCUCUUCCUCACCAACUCUGACCUCCAUUUCUCCCCUCUUUGGAACCGUUUCUUUAAGAAAACAAAUAAAAAUCUUUACAACAUUUACAUCCACGCGGAUCCUUCUGUUAAUAUAACUUCUCCGUCCGGAGUUUUCGCCAAUAAAUUUAUUAGUUCCAAACGGACUUACCGCGCGUCGCCUACACUCAUCUCCGCCGCGCGUCGGCUUCUUGCUAAUGCCAUCCUCGACGACCCGGCCAACGCGUUCUUUGCCCUCGUCUCGCAGAGCUGCAUCCCGCUGCAUUCUUUUCGGUAUGUUUACAACGCGCUGUUCACUUCUACAACCUUCGAUUACUCGUCGUCGGCUGAUUCAACUACCGCGUUUGGAGUCCGAGUUCGCUACAAGAGUUUUAUCGAGAUAAUCUCAAAAGAACCACGGUUAUGGAAGCGUUACAUUGCGCGUGGGCGGUACGUGAUGACACCGGAAGUACAGUUCGAUCAAUUUAGGGUUGGAUCUCAGUUUUUUGUUUUGACACGUAAACACGCGCUUCUGGUGAUUAAAGAUCGGAAGCUUUGGAAGAAAUUUAAGAAACCUUGCUACAGGUCGGAUGAGUGUUAUCCAGAGGAGCAUUAUUUUCCGACUUUGUUAUCAAUGCGGGAUCCGAAUGGGUGUACCCAUUACACGCUCACUCGGGUCAAUUGGACUGGUACCACUAACGGCCACCCAUACACGUACAGGCCCAAUGAAGUGUCACCGCAGCUUAUUCAUCGGUUGAGGGAGUCGAAGAAUUCGGAGUCUUACUUGUUUGCGAGAAAAUUCUCGCCGGAUUGUUUGAGACCAUUGAUGGAAAUCGCAGAUUCGGUCAUUUUCCGAGACUGAUCAAGAUCAAGAGUUGUUCCUGGUGGAAAAAUGAAGAAAGUUUUGAGAAAUUGUAAAUGGAGAGAUGUUGGAGUAAAAAGUAGAGGGGAAUAUGGUUUUGAAGAGGCGUAAAAUGCCCACAGCCUACUAACCCAAAAGCUCCAAACUUUAGAGUCUAUUUACUUGCACGGGAUUGAAAGGAGAAAUUAAUGGGAAACAUAAAGCAGGUACUUUUGUUAAAGCACUGAUUUGAUUGUGUAACAAAUAGCAAGGGCAAGAGUAGUAAGAAGUGGGUUUUGUCUUUUUGUUGUGUAAUUGUUUGUAUACAUAUUAUUUUAUGAAAAAUUAAUUAAAUGGGAUCUA